CAGCGUGAUGACGCAGUGCCGUACGUACAGCACGUGCAGAGUUGCACAACUGCGGUGCGUCACAUCUUGGCUGUGUCCCGCACGUUGACAUUGAGACAGUAACCUGACAGAGAAAACGGUCCUCUGCUGACUUCCCUAACAGACAGUGCAGGAUGGGAGCCUCCAUGUCGACACCUGCUGCUCCGUCUGUCAAGGCAGAGGCUAUGAUGGCUGCCCCCCCUCAAAGCUACCCCAUACACCAAGAAGCCCAGCCUGUCAAAGUGUCACCACCCUCAGAGUGUCCCAUGCAUCAAGCUCAGCCUGUCAAAGUGUCUCUGCCUUCUGAGUGUCCCAUGCAUCAAGCUCAGUCUGUCGAAGUGUCUCCUCCGCCAGAGUGUCCCAUGCACAAAGCAGAAGCUGGUCCAGCCCACCAAGACCGGGCCUAUGAGUUUGUGGAGUGUCCAAUGAAAGCUGCAGCAGGCAUGAAGCACGACAUUGAUCCGGCAAAUAUGAUGCCUCCUCCUAACCAAAUCCCAGCUCCAGAUCAGCCUUUUGAACUGUCCAUAUCCAGAGAAGAGUCCAAUAUUCCCCGUCACGGCACAGAGAAGAACUGGGUUUACCCGUCUGAACAGAUGUUCUGGAACGCAAUGCUGCGGAAGGGAUGGCGCUGGCGUGAUGAUGACCUUGCUGCUCAAGACAUGACCAACAUCAUUAAAAUCCACAAUAACAACAAUGAGCAGGCCUGGCAGGAAAUCCUGAAAUGGGAAGCUUUACAUGCACGUGAAUGCCCAUGUGGGCCAAGCUUGAAGAGGUUUGGUGGAAAGGCCAAAGAGUUCUCGCCCAGGGCCCGCUUCCGCCACUGGAUGGGCUAUGAACUGCCUUUUGACCGUCACGACUGGAUUAUUGAUCGCUGUGGGAAGGAGGUCCGGUACAUCAUCGACUAUUAUGAUGGUGAAAUCAACAAAGAAACCUACCAGUUCUCCAUCCUGGAUGUACGCCCUGCUUUUGACUCUUUAGAUGCUGUGUGGGACCGCAUGAAGGUGGCCUGGUGGCGCUGGACCUCCUAAAUGGCCCUGACGCAGAAACUGGUCACAAACAUACAUGUAGAAAGACUACUACACUGGGUCAUUUCAAACAAGACCCAAACAACAACAACAACAACAAAAAACUAAACUAAAAUGACUGUUUUAGCAGAAACUCAUCAAGUUUCAUUCAGUCAAGCUGAAUGAAACAGAUUUCUGAAGAAAAAUGAUUUCAGGCUUUGUAAUUCACAGCUUUAUAAACAACAUUUGCAUCUUAAACUUAGUGAAAGUGUUUGUUUGACAGGUCACAUGUGACUCACUCUGCCUCUUAGAAUCUGUUCAGCUAAGCCCAGAACCCAUCUCAGUUUACUCUUUAAAAACAAACAGUUGUAUUUAUAUCAUCUGUGCCUCUGGAGGAGUUUCAAGUCUGAGAAAUAACUCUUAUGAUAUCGUAGUUAUUAUCAAGGUUAUCAGAGUUGAUCCCUGAGACUUCUGAUCUUAUGUAAUUCAAAAACAAACAAGUGCUCCAACCUUCUAAUUUUGUCACGUAACUUCUUGUCUACAAUUAAAGUGAAUUGUGUUGUAUUGGGCAGACUGA